AGCAAAUCAGAGUGUAUACACGAGUAUACAUGCCAUGGAGACCUCUACCUUUUUGUCAAGUUAUUGGAACAACUCUUAUGGGUCAGAUUCGUCGAAAGAUCCAUAUUCUUUACUUUUGAAGUUAAACAACCAGAAAGCCCUAAGAGAUCUCCCUGUGAUCCUGUUCCUUGUAGUUCUUUUGAUCGUUGGAAUAAGCGGCAAUAUAGUUGUAUGUGUAAUUUACUCUAAAGCAAAGAAGAAAUCAACAUCCAAUCUUUUCAUUUUGAACUUGGCAGUUCUGGAUCUUCUGUCCUGUACAUUCGGAAUCCCUUUGGAGGUCACAGACCUUAGUUUACCCUACAUGUUUAAUGCUCCAGCUGUUUGCAGCAUUGGAAGGGCUAUGGAAUCAUGUACAGUUAUCGCGUCAGUGUUUACUCUGGUUUUCAUUUCAGUUGAUCGAUACAAACGUAUUUGUAAUUUUGGUGAAAGUUUUAAAAUUUUGACGGUCAAAAUUAUGUGUGUCGUUGCAUUGUGCAGUGGUGCCUUGUCAUCGCUGCCAUUUUUAGUAGUAAUGGGAAAAAGGACAUUAAGCCUUGGGCUUUCCGGAAUAGAGGGUGUUGGAUGUGAAGUCUCAGACAAUAUGAAACAUACUCACUUUACAUUUGCUUAUUAUACUUUCAUGUUGAUACUUUACAUCGUUUGUCUAGUUUUCGUUAUUUUUGUAUAUGUGCGUAUCUCUAUAUUUUUAAGAAGGACUAGAUGCAUGAGAAUUAGGCAUAUUAAGGAAAGUAAUAGCUCAACCAUGGUCACUCAACAUUCUCAUUCAGUUGAGCUUGAAUCUAUCACUGUGGAAAGCGGACAUCAAGGAAGCCCUGUAAACUACCUACAGGAAGCCGUGCAUACGCUUCCGAGAGAAACUCCAAUUACUUCCGGAGUAAAAGUUACUAGGACAACAACAAUAUUUGUAGCUAUAACUAUCGCUUUUAUAAUCAGUUUUCUCCCAUUUUUGGUGGUCAUAAUAUUAUAUAGCAUCAUUAAAGACAUAGAGAAAGGCAUGUCAGAACAAAUGAAGGUGUUCACUGAAUUUUGUGCAAGAACAUAUUUUCUGAAUAAUGCGAUUAACCCGUUGAUAUAUAGCGCUUUGAAUAGAAAAUUCAGACAUGAUGUUAAACGACUGUUUUCUACAAAUUGCUGUAAGAGAUAAUUGAUUAAUGUUUGUACUUCAGAGUUACAAUUUGAUGUUUACCAAGUAAAUACACUCUAGAUUUCUGAAUACAAAUUUCACAACAUGGAAACGUCAGUAUCCAUUUUUAGCAUGCCAACUUUUCUGAUUUGUAGAUUCCUGAAAUUGUUUUUAUUGAUUGUCGUAUAACGGGUAUUUUCUGCGGUUGUUUAUUUUCUGUGGUAUUUUCUGGGUAUGGAAAAUCAACAGAAAUAAAAUCGCAAAAUAGUCUAAGAUUAUCAACAUAAAUGCCACGAUUACCGUAUCUACAGGUUACAUUUAUCCUCAAUAGUCGGUAUGUUACUCAGUACUAUAUAUUCGGUGAUUUCCAGUGAUUAACUCAUAAUAUCAUUACAGCUCCAUUUCAUUUGUAUGGAAUAGUUUGUAAAAUUCAUACUUACCAUAUAUGACAUUUUCUAGUAAUUAAUUAUGAUAUUUAUCUCCAAAAUAGACACUCAAAAGUAACAAAAUUAUCAGACUUUAUUUGAUUUCCAGGUUACCCGUAUCGAUAAAUUAGAUAAUGUAUUCCAAGCGCUUGUGUAAAAUUUAUUUACAAAUCUCAUUCAACACAACAUCAGUCUUAAAUAAUAAUAGCCAAAUAAGAGGAUUAUUCUAAGAUAAGCAGUCACAUUAGAACGAUGUUCAGUUCAAUUCAGUGUCGGUCAAGUAUCUUCAAUAACGAUCGGUCAAAUUAAAUAAUAUUAAAGGUUUAAGUCAGUCAAACAUAAACCUGUCAUUUCAUUACGGAUCAAAAGAAGUUAAACACAGUUUUCAUUUAAUCAUCAUUUGUAAAAUAUUCGUGCACAUACAUCAAACAAAUGCGUGAGUUACCUGAAAUUGUUAUACAAACUUUGACCACGCGACAAUUACUGCAGCCAGAGUCAACAGGUGGCUGGUUGCAUAAUGCGAAAUAAAUACCCUUUUUACACACAGUAGCGGCGGUAAUUCCCUAGGCGAAGUCCCGUAAAACGCUUGAAAAAAGGAUUUAAAUAUUGAUACAAUUUAUAAUAGUGCUAUGUUCAGAUUUAUUUUUUGCGGCCUAAUGUAAUUGCAGAAAUUGAAAAUGCAGAAUAUGAUUUGAUCCCUUUUAGGAUCUAAACCGCAAAAAUUUCGAGCCGCAGAAAGUACCCGUUAUACGGUAGUUCUUUCUUUUUUGGGUGAAAUUUUAUCUUGAUGUGUUUAUAUAGUAAUCAUUGUACGUGUACAAGCUGAACCAGAAGUAGAACUUCAAGAUUUAUGUAGCUGUGUGCAGCAAAUAUAACAGGAUAUCAAAAUAUGAUAUAGCGUCUUUAGAUAACUAGUAUUAAGGAUAUAAGUUUCAUACAUAUGCAUUUUCUGUACUUUGAGUCAAAAACACUUAACAGAUGCAAUAAAAGUCAACAUCUCACAAAGUGAAAGUUAAAUGUGUUUACCUACAUUUUGGUGUAUCUAAAUUUGUAAAUGUUUGGACCUUUUACCGCUUCCAUGUGUAUAUUGAAGUAAUUUCAAUGUGUUUUUACUCAUGAUAAUGAUUUGCACAUGUUACUCGUUGCCAUGAUAAUUAUACUUCGGUACGUUUUGUUAGUUUCUUACGGUGGCUGAUGUAGGAUCUUAUAGCAGC